CGGUCAGGGGCAGCGGACUGCGUACGCACGCGACUCCGGAGCCAGGAGAGAGGCUGACACCUUGGCUCGAGGGGCUGCCAGGGGACAGAGAGCUUCUCCAGAGUCACAGCCACCCGGAGGGUGACAGAUGUGAAACGCUCCUGCUUUCGGGAGCUGCUCCCUCUUCCAGCCCCCGAUCAACAAACAGACGACACUGGAAAGCCCUAUUUGAUCAGUUUGAUCCUGACAACACUGGCUACAUCAGCACUGAGAAGUUUCGCUCCCUUCUCCAGAGACACGGCUCGGAGCUGGACCCCCACAAGCUGGAGGUCCUGCUAGCCCUGGCAGACAGCAACUCUGAGGGGAGGAUCUGCUACCAGGACUUCGUCAACCUGAUGAGCAACAAAAGGUCCAACAGUUUCCGCCAAGCCAUCCUGCAGGGGAACAGGAGGCUGUGCAGCAAGGCCCUGCUGGAGGAGACGGGGCUGAGCCUCUCACAGAGGCUGAUCCGGCACGUGGCGUAUGAGACCCUGCCGCGGGAGAUCGACCGCAAGUGGUACUACGACAGCUACACCUGCUGCCCCCCGCCCUGGUUCAUGAUCACCAUCACUAUUGUAGAGGUUGCCUUUUUUCUUUACAAUGGAGUGGUCUUAGACAGAUUUGUGCUGCAAGUCAGCCACCCCUUGUACCUGAAGAAUGCAUUGCUGUACCAUCCCCAGCUUCGGGCCCAGGCUUGGAGGUAUCUAACCUACAUAUUCAUGCAUGCAGGGAUAGAACACCUUGGGCUCAAUGUUGUUCUUCAGCUCUUGGUUGGGGUUCCUCUGGAAAUGGUGCACGGAGCUGCGAGGAUCAGUUUUGUGUACGUUGCAGGAGUUGUGGCAGGGUCCCUGGCAGUGUCAGUGGCUGACAUGAGGGCACCGGUGGUGGGCUCCUCUGGAGGUGUGUAUGCUCUUGUCUCCGCUCACCUGGCCAAUAUUGUGAUGAACUGGUCAGGAAUGAAGUGCCAAUUCAAACUGCUGCGCAUGGCCGUUGCCUUGAUCUGUAUGAGUUCAUUGCAGCAGAGGUCCAUGAGGAUGAGGAGGAGCAGUGCGGCAGGCGGAGCAGCCGGCGCUGGAUGCGGAGCUGCCAGGGACACCUGCCGGCCGCGGGCAGCAGCACCGGCCACAGGCGGGACAAGGGGCUGCGACAGCCCUGGGGAGGAGAACCAGGCAGAUCGAAGUCCACGGGGUCUGCAAACGGCACCUUUUAUUCCUAGAUGCUUGGAGACAGAUAAAGGGGAGAGUGAACUGCAGCUUCGUUUCUCCACAAGAUCUAAUGAGGAUGCAGAACUGGCUUGGGACUUGUAUGGAAAUUCAGGUGUUAUCCCACCUUUUGGCAGCUGUCCCUUCAUUGCAGUGACCUCAGAACUGCAGGGAAGUUGACAUUUGAGUGAUUUUUUUUUUUUUUUUGCAUUUUUUUACAUCUAAGUACAUUUUUUUACUAGGGAAGACGGUUGUGCUCUUUUAACAUCAGUCUCUACUGAAUGUUUUCAAAUCUGAGAGCCAACACUCAUCUCUUGAAUCAAUAGUGGAAACAACAUAUCCAAAAAGCUCUGCAGUAAACCCCCAGCUGAUUAAAAUAAAAAUCCUUCUACCAGUGUGGAAGAGGGAGGCUUAUUUUGAAAAAGAAGUUGUGUUUUUGUUGGGAAACACUGGUUUAAAGUGUAAUUUAUAGGAAUGAAGAGACAGAUGUAGGAGCAGUUCCUGUCAGAUGUGCUACUCCUAAGACAGGCAGAUCCCUGCUACCGUGUGUGGGACUCGGCUCUUGCUGUCAGUUCUCUGCACUGAACUAAACUUCCCGAGACACUCAAAUCUCUCCAUUAGCUGAGGACUUUCAGCACAAAGGUAAGGUGGGUUUUGUCAGUUUUUGUCAACUCAUACAAAAGGUGUUACAGCCUGCUAGUACCAUAGAUUUUCAUGCUACCUGUUCUUCACAUCUAACUUAUUUUCUAAGCACUGAGCUCUUUCUCGUGUCCUCAUCUGCCAAAAAACUGAACAAUCAGCUCCAACUUUGUUAGAAAUGCAGGGGAGCAAUGUUUUAUUGAGUGAUGCUGCUGUACUCACUGAUGAAGGAAAACACUCGUUACUUCUCAGAGCUCCUACAAAUGACUGAAUGAGGGGUUUGUUUUCUUCAUCACUACUUUUCUUCUCUGCCCUGCCCAACUACAUCAUAUGUAACCUUGGCUGUCAAUGGCACACUUGCAGGUCCUCUGCAUUGAGGGAUAAAGUGUUUUGAACAGGAGACAUCAAGGAUCACACUCAUUGACAAUUUAUAGACGCACUAUUGAGGAUUUCAAUGUUUUAUUGACAACUUUAUUAUGGGUUCAACCUGGUGCAAUUCCUGCCCUCACAGUACA